CAUUCAUUUAGUGUGGGGGUAUGUACAUUUAUCAUAAAACUCUAAAAGUAUUUUAAUAUAUCCCACUUGAUCAAACAUCAUUUCAAAUCAGUGGCAAGGAAAACUUGAAUCUGGAAGCAACCAUCGUACAAAUGGCUCGGACCAAAAACAAAAAUCUUGUGCAAGGGGGGAAUUCUAUCGUGUACAAAAAUCUGAAAAUUCCACAUGCUUCACAAGAACAAACUCUAUUAAAGCAACCAAUAAUCAAACAUGUGAUGUGCACAAGAUAAAAUCAUAGAAAAACCAAUCAAAAAACAUAAAACAAUUUUCAAAGCAUCUAUUUUUAGUCUUAGAAAGGUCAUCGGCAUGACAAAAAAAAAAUUCAAUAAAAAAUCUUGACUUAGUCGAAGAACAUAAAAAUAAAUUCAGGGACUCAUUAAAAAAUUAAAUCUUACGGGUGAUGCAGGCGUGGGAAGGUGGUCGUUGAUAAGAAGAUAUCACCGGCAAUGGAAGAGAAACCGUAAGGAAGAAGCGCAUGAGAAACGGUGAGAGAGAAUAACACGUGAGGAAAUGAGUGGUUAAUAAUUUUUUUUUCUUUUUUAAUUGAAGUGCAAUUAAUACCUAAAUAUCUUUGAAAUACCGUCACUUGGUAAUUAUUUUUUCUAAGUGCAAGACUUUUGUAAAAAACUCAUUCUGCCCUGAACUUUUUUUUUCCAUACAUUCUUUGUGUAAAAUUACAAAUUUACCCAAUAAACCAGAUUUUAACCGUCUUCUCCAAUCGCAAAUACCACCACUUCGAUCACAUUACUCCCGCUGGAAACCAGAGAAAAGGUGAUCAAUCCAGUCAGAGAUCGGAGAAACAAAAUACUGUUUUUGCAAUCAAAAUCCAAUGAACAUUUAUAUAUACACGAGGAUGGAAUCGACACAUUCUUCCAAGAACCGUCGUAACUUUAUAAUCCGACGACGCGCCUCCUCGAACCACCACCUCCCUGUCGUUUGCCGCCGUUUUACACCCUUUAUAUUUCCCCAAAGCGACGAUCAAUCUUCCAUCAGCUUAUCAACUACUGGGAAUCUGUUCAUCUAUAACCACAUAACUUUUUUUCACCAAAAUGGCGCCCAGGAAGAAGAAGAACAAGAUCCACGAUGAAGGCGAACCCUCUGCCGCUGCAAACAAAAGGAGGAGGAUUGAACUUCUGAACAGUACGACUGGUGUGCCGUUUACAAACCCUUUCACUCAAUUCCCAUCGAUUCAUCUUCUCCAUCAACACUCCCGCAAUUCUCCACGAACCACCGCCGCAAUCGACACCGAUCUGCAACUGUCUCCUCCAGAACCAAUUGCUCCGGACGAAAGUGCGACUGCUGAUGAUCAUCUUCUGUCUUCUUUAGUAGGACAACAAAACUUUCUUAUAGGUUACCAUAUCAACCAGAUGAUGCUAAGCGUGGAGGAAUUCUGGCGGAGAAACUUUGCGGAAGAAGUGAAAAAGAGGAAGGAGAUUGAAGAAAAGAUAAAAGUGAAAGACGAACAGGCUGUUCGAUUUAGACAAAUGUACCAUUUCUAUGAGGAAAGGACAUUUCUCUUGGAGGAUAUGCUUCAACGGAGGGUCGCCGGUGAGGGGUGCAGCACUGCUGCUGCCGCCGCCGCCGUUCCAGAGGAACAAGUUGAGUCUUGUUUUGUUGAUCUGAACAGCGUCCCGAGAAAGGAUAUGGCAUGCAGGAACUGCCGGAGUCGGCCUGCAACCAUGUUGUGGCUUCCAUGCCGGCAUUUGUGCGUAUGUUUAGUGUGUGAGAGAAGGGUUAAGAUAUGUCCGAUUUGCAGUGUUCAGAAAACAGAGAGUUUGAUGGUUAAUUUCCCUCCACCCUGAGAGAGAAAAGACGUUUUCUCUCCUAUUAAAAAAUAAAAAUAUGUACUAAAUAUCGUACCACUUAUUAUUUUAGACUUUUUAAAUGAAUUAUGAUAUUUAACUAUUUUAAAUGAACUAAA